CUUCAUUCCGUUCCAAUAAUAAUCGGUGUGGCGUGAUUUGAAUUCCUAGGAAAUGAAUGGAAACAAAAAAAAAACGUGCCAAUUGAAUGUUUUCGGAGAAUGUGUAACACGCGCAUGCAUUUGUUUUAGCGCGACGUCACAAACCGGGUCAACCUGUUGGACCGGACUACUCGAGUUUUCUUCACUGCGUAUCGGAGUAGCACCCACUAACCCCCCAGGAUGUUGUUAUAUUAUGAAAGCAGUCGUUAAAUAAUCAAAUCUGGCGACACUAAGUUUUUAUUUUCCUUAAGAGCAUUUGAAGGCAUCGUUACGCAAACGUCGCAUCAGGUAGUUGUCACGUGACGUAUCCGGAACCCCGCGAAAGUCAGGGAAACUAAAGUCUUGGUCUAGGCGAGCGGGAUGCCUCAGAGGAAGCAGCGCAAUCCGGAUGGACCUACUAAAGGCCAGUUGUUGGACCAAAACGCAAAGAAGGAUGAAGCUCUCAAUGAAGGCGAGGAACAGGACGAGUGCUCCGGUAUGCUUCUGCCCCCUUUUCCGUCCGACCGAGAAAAGCGGGGAAGAGGCAGAAAAUGCAAAGCCAAGUCCAAAGACAUGACAGAGGAAGAGAUGAUGGCCUUGGCCCUGCAUCUGAGCGCGCAGGAAGCCAGCGUCAGCAUGCAGCAAGUGCAGCAGGAGGAAGCAGCCGUCCUGAAAGCUAUCAAAAACAGUAUGUUCGGCGAGAACCAAGGACCCUGUCAGAGUCAGAGUCUGCUGACUGAAGCGGACACCUCCCGCUCUCGCCGCAGUCAGUCGUACCCAAAGGCCAGGCCCGAAUCGGCCGAUGUCUGCCCGAGCUUGGGCAAAGAGGGCAAAGGGCAAACUAAUCAAGAUCAAAUGUGCAGAACGAAGGAAGCAAUUGCGCCGGACUUGCUGCAGAGCCAUGACGUCUGCACUCAGGCGUUGCCCAGUAGCUCCAAGUCACCGUUUCAAUUUUUGGACUCGCCGCAGAGCUCCGAUUCCACGCAGAUUGACGAGUGUCCGCUCCAUAAAUCCACAAACUUCCCCUUUAGCGGUCGCAGAGCCAUGUUCUUGCCCGAGGACGGUGCUUCUUCGGCACGCUGCAAAAGUCCCGCCUUGUCUGAGUUGGAUAUGGGAGACGAUGGCGCUGAUUAUCUAAAAAGCCCCGUGUUCGGGGAUGAAACUCGACAUAAGAGGUCUGAGGAUGUCAAAACAGGCAGUCCAGAGGGAUUAAACUUGGACUUCAGAUUCUCUUCUCAGGAGAGUUUAAGCCCGCCUCUGAGGCCUUCCUCCUGUCCGCCUGUGAGCCCGGUUUUUCCAAGGAGCCCGGCACCCUCCAAGAACCUUGCUUCCUCCAAGAAGUCAACGCUAUCAGAAAGUGUUCCCGUAGUCUCAGGGGCAGGGGACAGGUUGGAACUACUCCCGAGAUGUGUCAGUGAUGACUCUUCUGAAACCGAUCUGACCAGCGACACGACGCCUCGGUGGUCUGACGAUGAUGCGGAUGAGACGCUGGUGAGCUCACCCAGUCCAGUCUUUGCAGAGGAGAAGGCCCGUUUGAACCGCGUCACAAAAGCGGGCCCGGAGACAAAUGGUUCCAGCUGCAACCUAAACACUCAGCAGUGUGUCCCCACCCAGCCAACAGUUCAUUACUACUGGGGGGUCCCCUUCUGUCCACGCGGCCUAGACGCAGACGCCUACACAAAGGUGAUCGUGACCCAGCUGGAGGUGUACGAAAAGAGUCUAAAGGAGGCGCAGAGGUGUUUGCUGAGGAAGGCCGAGUGGGGGGACGGCAUCCUGCCGCAGUCGGAGAAAUCGUCAUUACCGGAUUCCUCUGACACGAAACGUCCUUGCAGGCGUGGUCUCAGGGGGAAAUACGAAAAGCUCUUGAGUCGUCACGUGGACAGCUUUCCGGUGGAGAUGGAGGAAGAGGAGGAGAAAGAGGGGGAGGAGAAGCAGGAGGAGGAAGAAAAGGAAAAAGAGGGGAUGGAAGAGGAAGGGAUUGCAUGCAAAGAGGGCCAACAGAUGAACACUGACAACUAUCUGAUUUGUCCAGAGACCCAAAUGAGCGGGGAAGAUCACGGGGAUCUAGCUCAGCCCAACAGCCCAAAUUGUUCUGAAAGGGGGCAAAGAGGUGAUGAUUUGGAUGUCGAGAAACGCAAGGAUGAGGAGGAAAUGAUGGAGGUCUCAGCCAACGGAGAGUCUCAGACAAACCACCUCAUCACUGCCAAUGUUGGAGCCAAACCUUCCCCGACGAAUGAGGAAGAAGAAGGGGGGUCCCGUUCGCCCAAGCCGGAUCCCCCUGGCCCCAAAGCCGCCGUGGAGUGUCCCAUUUGCCAGGGAACGUUCCCCGCGGGAAAGAUCGAGAGGCAUGCGGCGUACUGCGACGGCACGGCAGAACCCGCGGUUGCGGAGGAACUUUUGCAAGUGCCCUCGAAGCGCAGAAGGAAGAGAAAAAGGUGGGCGGGGGAUGAAGAAGGCCACCCCUCCUCUCCUGACAACAUCCAAGAGAAGUGUUACAUCUGCCAGAAGGCUGUGGCCCUGCGAGAGUACGCCGCUCACACCGAGCUCUGCAUCCAGCGGCGGGCAACAAAGAUGCACGGGAAGGCAAAUCUAUUGGCAGCUCUGGAGAACAUAGAAAGCGAGCAUUCACGAGCUGGUCCAUCCAGAUGCAGACUCCAGCAGGCCGAUGUUAUCGAUCUGCGGGACGACAGUGAGGGAGAGGUGGCGGGCGGUUCCAUGUUGGGAAACAGCAACUCGCCCAUUAAGUCUUUCAUUCCCAUCUCGGAGGCCACCGACUGUCUCGUCGACUUCAAGCGACAGCAGCGGCUGAAGAAACCGAACCACAAGCGAAGGUGAAGAAGGAGAGGGGGAAGAAAAAAAAAAAACAGCGCAGCGAGCCUUAAUGGAGUGGCUGACGUCACCACGCCUUUGGACUGAUGUCCAUUACAAGUAAUUUAUGCAACACACUUGAACGUUAUUAAGUGCUUCAGAGUCCUUGUUCUGUCCAGUUAUGUUCAUGGCUUUCGUACUCUCACCUGUACUGUACUGGAACAUUUUUUUUUAAAUUUAAUAUGAAUUUGGAUUAACUUAAAUCCAACAGCGGAACUCAGUACAUUCAUUUGUCCCUCCCCCCCACGUCAACAUUUGAAUUGGGAUUUGAACAACUUGACUGGUUUGAAAAAUGUUUAAAGCAGAUAUGGGCAUUGUAUGUUUCACACUGCCCCCACUGCGCUGUUUAAUCCGGCCCACCGAGCAUUUAUAUUAUCGAGAGUCGUACUUACAUUAGUUGAUUAAUGUGUAAUUUUUUUUUUUUUUGUUCACCUCAAUAAAUGUUUGAUUUUUGUAAACAUUAGUCUUUUUUAUGUUUAACUUUUGGGGGAUUUAAUUUGUUAUAUUUAAUUGAAUUAUAAAUUAAUUGCUUCAAUGGACAAACCAUUUUUUGGGUCCUUUUUGUGGGAGAAUAUAUUGAAAGAUUUAAUGUUGCAAUUGAAGGGAUUUAUACCUUGACGAUUCGUUCGGCAACGAUUAUGUCUUGGAUAUCUGGUUUUACAGAAAUUGUAAUUUAACAUUUUCCCAAAUAUGUCUUUGAAUUUAGACUUGAACAUACAGUGCCGGGGAAUUAUUGAUUAUAGUUUCCCCCACCUUAACAUAUAAGACUAUCAGACAAAUAUAAAUAGACGA